AAAUAGACUUUGAUGCAUUACAACUUUAUAAUAAUCCAAUCACAAUUAUACGUACGAUAAGCACAGAGGAUGUCGUUCGUGUUUAUGCCGAGGCUGAAACUCGGGAAGAUGCGGAUUCAUUAGCAGUUGCUGGGAAAGUUUUCGAUUUGGCUGGAGGUGUUGGGACUAGACCGACGUGA